UUGUGAAUUCAUUGUAUGAAUAUUGACAUUCUAGUGUUUACUCGACGCUUAAACACACUGAAAGGCGAUCGGCUGAAGCUGAAGUCUGGAUGUCACGGCGCACUUGCGUUCCUUUUGCAGCUGCGAGUAUUUCCCUCAUUUGUAUCCAACAAAUCUGUAAGCCUUCCCAGAAUACCAAGUGAGAUAGUUCCAGUACUAGAGAUCAACCAUGGGUAUGAGUGGCUGCUUGCUGUUGCACUGCCUCAUGUUGGAGGACUGGCAGGAGGAGCCAUCACAUCCAGAGCCAUUCCCACCUGGUACAAGCAUCUGAAAAAGCCAUCUUUCAACCCACCCAACUGGGUGUUUGCCCCAACAUGGACUGCCCUGUACACUGGCAUGGGCUACGCUUCCUACCUGGUCUGGGCAAACGGCGGUGGAUUCCAAGGUCAGCUUAUGACAGGAGCGCCAGACUGCCAUUGGCACUUGUAUGGUGUUCAGCUAGCACUGAACUGGGCCUGGACACCAAUUUUCUUCGGGCUUAAGCGUCCUGGACUGGCGUUCCUGGAGAUGAUGACCCUCCUGGUGUCCGUCGGCGGAUGCGUGGUCACGUUCGCCCCUGUCAGCCGCACCGCCUCGUACCUGAUGAUGCCCUACCUCUGCUGGACCGGCUUCGCUGCCAUUCUCAACUACUUCAUCUGGAAGCUGAACAGGGACAAGGCCGAGUAGCCGAUCGCCGCCCCGGCACGCACCCGGCACCGCGUGAGGAGGAAUGCCAUACCUUGGUGGAGGGUCUAUAGCGAGCGCACAGUCCGCGACUGGAUGAAGCUUCCUGCCAUUAGCACUGCGGUGAUCGGGAAAUCGGCACUAAGGAUCGUCGCGUGGGAUCGUCGGGCACGCCACGUGCGGGCGUCGUGUUAAGCUGUGAAUGGUUUCGCACAGCAGCAGCGAUAUUUUCUCAAUUGUCUUAUCAAUCGGGCGAAUCGUCGCUCCAAUGUGGACCACAAUGCGUAUCGAUGCCCCAGCGUGGAUGGGCGGGAUGCUAGUAUUAAACGUUGCACCCUGGCGGUUACCGGACAUGGGGCGCUGAUAGCGUUAGCGUUGUCAGUGUUCUUUCAAAGGAAAACAAGGUAGUUUGUGCCAAAGAAAACGCAAUAGUUUCCCUGAAGCUCGUCCGGUAUCAUGUGCAACUACAAAUGCCCACACAGAUACGAUUGCGACGGGCAUGGGCAUUAUUGUUAACUAAAAAGGUAGAUGAAUCCUGCACAAACUUAUAUUUCCUGCAUAUUUAAUAUAUUUUCACAUAUUUCCUGAUACUAAUUGCACGUGCCCACAGAUCUAGUCGCGACCGUCAGCGGGCAUUGUCAUUUACCGACCAUCAGACAGGUCUCAAAAUGCUCAUGGAAGGGUGGGCCUUUCUUGCAUAAACACCGAUCCGGGGAAUGGCACGCGAAACGUCUCGUCGGUGGUGCUGCCAGCAAGUGAAGCUGGUCUCAAAUAAGUCGGGGCCUAGCCCAACAGCUGUUGGAAAUCAAGUAUAUCAGGUAUAACCUUCAGGACGCAGCGUUAUUGAAAUGAUUGCUUAUUGACAGCGACGCACGCUCUGGGCACGUGUUAGCAAACUAUGCAGGUGUGAUACCUUCCACAUUACAUGCGUGAUUCGUACCUUUUCUCGCGCUUUAGUGUAGCGUGGGGCGUGUUGUGGUGCCUGUCAGCGCGUCUGGCGAAUGACUGACGCGUGCUCCCUGGUAAGCAGGGGCCUUGAGGCACCAGUGCGCCCCGGCCGUGAGCGCCCAAACCACAGGGCCGGCGGAAGCCCCAGUCCCUCUUGAUCUUGGCGUUUGUUGUGUGCAUGCUGAUUCGAGUACCGCACUGCUUGAGAGGAUGAGCACCUGGGAGGCGAGGGACCAAUCUAAUAUAAGCAGAAUUGUAUUGAUCGCUA